AUAUUCAUUGUUUAAGAUUCACUUUCAUCUCAUAUUAUAAAAAUACAAGGAAAAUUAUAUAUAUAUACACAUAUAUAUUUAUGUUAGGUUAGAUUGUACCGCAUACGCGUGAUGGCAUAUUUGGCGGCAACUCGUUCAUCUUAAACCCGAAUAAUUUGGGCAACCGAGUAUUCGGGAGAAUUGUCAAGGAUGAUCGUGAAAUUCGAAAAGAUAAUAAGCUACUCUUCGGAGCAUCCAUCGUAUCCUGCUGCCAAUCUCCUUCAACGCAAUUCGGAAAGAUGCAACACGUGGCGAUGCGCCAAACCGGGAGAGAUGCUGGCUCACGUCAUCUUUCAGCUCGCCGAAUCCUCCUACAUCACCGGGGUUGAAAUCGGUAAUUUUCAGAGUUGUGUGGUUAUCGUCACCGCAUCAACGACAUCUGAACCCGACAAUUGGAUAGUUAUAGUGAACCAUAGAUUCAUGACAAACGACCGAGCUUCGAACGGUAUGUUCAAAGAUCAAGUGCAAAUAUUCACCAAGAGGGAAUUGAAUCCGGAUACGAUGAAGAUUAAAUUCGAUCGGGUCAAGGUCACCUGUAUGCAAUCGGCAAAUAUGAGAGUACUGUUUGGAUUGUCGUACAUUGUCUUACGGUCAGACACUGCGGCUGAUUUAGGCCUAGACAUGUUCGGCAGAUUUAAAUUGAAGCAACCGCAUGUCAUAAAGACGCCCUUAGAGAUGAUGAGAGAGAAACUCGCUAAAACGGAAGAAGAGAAGAAAACGGAUUAUAAGAAGUUACUCGAGCAAAUGCAAAAGAAUUCAGUUGAGAGUUUCUCCAGAUCUCAGGAGGAGAAGAAGCCUAUGAAAAGGCCGUUAUUGGAAAAGCUAGAAGCUGGCAAGGCUGACGAAGUUUUCGGGAAGAAGGAUAAAGUUCAACCGCCAAAGGAUAAGAAGAAUAAAAAGGAAACACCUAAUAGAGAAGCUAAAAAUACGGAAGAUACGCCGAAGGAAAAGGUAGUUGUGAGAACUCCCUUCGGGGAUAUUGUGCCUUCAAAAGAUACUGUUAAAAAUAGUAUAAAAGACACCACCAAGAGUCCUUCAAAUUCUAAGAAACGUCCUCCGAGUGAAGUGGAGAGUUCAUCGGAUGUAGGAUACAGUGAGAAGAAACAGAAGUGUGCAGAAUGCAGCAAGGAAUUAGAGGAUCAACCGUGCAAGACUUGUCAACGACUGUCGCAGCCGGCAACCGUCGGAAAUGCUACUCCGAAAACAAAACACGAUACCCCUGUGAGAUGUAAAAAACCGUUCAGAGAGCUAUUCAGUGGCGUCACCUUCUCGCUCAGUGGAUACGUUAAUCCAAAGAGAGAUGAAAUCAGAAGGAAAGCACUGAACAUGGGUGCCAAGUAUAUACCUGAUCCAAAUACAACCAAUAAAAAAUGCACCUAUUUGAUUUGUGCCUUCAAAAAUACACCUAAAUAUCAACAAUUCAAGAAACAUACAAAGAUUGUCUCUCAUACCUUUAUUGAGGAGUGUUUCGAUAAGAAAACGAGAUUUCCUUGGAGACGAUACGCCUUAGAUCAGAAGGACAGAUCUCAACCUGAAAGUGAAGAAGAAAUCGAUAGUAAUCAGCCGGAAUCUGCAUAUGACAUGGACACUGAUGCUGAAUCCGAUUACUGAUAUUUCAUUUUAAAUACUCACCCAUCUUGAAAAUGUCGUUAUUUUGAUACCGUCAAUAUAAAUAGUUACUACCUUCUACAAUUUUAUUUUAUAUUACAUAUAUGUACUUUUUAUUGUUUCAAUAUUUAUUUACAUACACACAUCUAGUGCUGUCAUUCAAGAUAUAAAUGGAACCUGAAUACUUGUAUAUAAGCGUAUGUACAUACACAAAUUUGUAUUUUAAACGAAUUAACUACACAAUUAUAACAAAACAGUAUAAUUUAUG